AUGUUCACAGAAAACUCCCCCAAGAAACGAAAAUCUCAUCAACAGGACGAAGAAAACAACCAACCCACGCCCAAGAAACAACAAGUAGAAACUCCAAGUAGAAACUCCAGCAGUAAGAAACAAAAAUCUCAUCAAAAGGACGAAGAAAACAACCAACCCACGCCCAAGAAAGAACAAGUAGAAACUCCAAGUAGAAGCUCCAGCAGUAAGAAACAAAAAUCUAAGCUAAAGGACGAAGAAAACAACCAAUCCACAUCUCAAAUCCACCAUUAUUCUUCUCCAAGUUCACAAGGAGCUAGUGAUGAUAGCAAGAGCAAGGUUAUUAAUGACCCUGUACAUGGGCAUAUUAGGAUCGCCAAUAAUUUAUUCCGUUACAUUGACCAUCCUUUGUUUCAAAGACUUAGAGAUUUAAAACAGCUUGGAGGAAUGUACUAUGUGUUUCCUGGAGCUAGUCAUAAUCGUUUUGAACACAGCAUUGGAACUGCUUACUUGGCUGGUGAAUGGCUUCGCUUAUUGAAAGCAAAUUCUGAUCCAGACAUAAAGGUGACUGAAAGAGAAAUCUUUUUAGUUCAAGUGGCCGCUUUGUGCCACGAUUUAGGUCAUGGUCCAUUUUCUCACACCUUUGAAGACUGUUUUGUGCGCAACAAUCCCAAGUUGGCAAAGAAGUUUGAUCACGAAAUGGCUUCAUGUUUAUUGUUAGAGUUUAUUAAUGAUGAUUUUAAAAAGAAGAAUGAUUUUUAUGAGAAUGAUAAGAAUGAAUCUCAUAUAUUACAACCAACAGAGCUGCAAAUGGUGAAGAAUAUGAUUAAAGGAAAGAAAAACAAUAAGGAACAAAGGGCAUUCUUGUAUGAAAUUGUUCAUAAUGAGGAAACUGGUAUCGAUGUAGAUAAGUUCGACUAUCUUGCACGAGAUUGCAGAAAUUGUGACCUUCCUUUAGGCUUUCGUUCUGAAAGAUUAUUACAAUUCUCUAAAAUCAUGCGUGUCGACAAUGUUUACAAGAUAUGCUUUGAGAAACGUGAAGCUUUCAAUCUCUUUAAUAUGUUCACCACACGUGUUUCUUUACAUAAACAGAUUUAUUCACAUAGAGUGGUAAAGGCUAUCGAAUUAAUGAUUGGAGAUGUAUUGCAGAAAGUAGAUUCCGCUUUUGAUAUCACGGAAACUUUACAUACAUUAGGAGACAAUAAUCUCUCCUUAAAAGACAAAGAAGCGGCCAUUUUAACUUACUCAUGUUUUACAGAUUCUCUUAUUAAUGACAUUUACAGAAGGGAGAACGAGCCAGCCUUUGCUGAAGCAAAAGACUUAAUUGAGAGAAUAAUGAGCAGAAAGUUAUAUCAGUUCUGUUGCUCUAUCGGCAUUAAAAACUCCUCUCAAGCUGAAGAGAUUUUGGAUCUCUUAAAAUCCCAGUUUAACAACAACCCAAACGUUUUAUGGAAGAAACAAGUCUUUAAUUUUGGAAAAGGGGAUCAGAAUCCGUUAGCACUCACAAACUUUUAUGAAGGAAAUACAGCUGCCAAAUUACUAGACUCGGGUGAUAUUUGUGGUCUGUUGGAACCUAAAACAUUUCAAGAAGUGUAUAUUAGGGUGUUUUUGAAAGAUGAAGCCAAAGAGGAAGCUGUUUCUCGGACAUACAAGCAAGUGAAAAAUGUGAUUGAUAGAUCUAAAUAUGCUGCUGUUGCAGGUGUAACAUGUAGUGCCAAAGCUCAAUCAAAAACCAAAAAGGUGACAGAUGAUGAAACCGACUCUGUUGCAUGUAAUCUCAAUGAGCGUUUUGAUCUAUAG